CGCUGUUGUUAUUGAACUGUAGUGAAACACUGGGUUAAAGCAGGAAACUGUGAGAUUUGACAGGAGACUGCGAACAGCCGCAUGUGAAGAUGAGCGUCCCGGACUACAUGCAGUGUGCUGAGGACCACCAGACCGUGCUCGUGGUGGUUCAGCCAGUCGGCAUCGUACCUGAGGACCAGUUCUUCAAGAUCUACAAGCGCAUUGCCAGCGUGAGCCAGGUCAGCGUCAGGGACUCGCAGCGCCUCCUCUACAUCCGCUACCGCCACCACUACCUGCCCGAAAACAACGAAUGGGGGGAUUUCCAGACGCACCGCAAGGUGGUGGGCCUCAUCGCCAUCACCACCUGUGACUCGGCAAAGGAGUGGCCGCAGACUUCUGAUCGCUUCCACGGCCAGAAGGAAGUGUACAGCUCCACGCUGUACGACUCCAGGUUGCUUGUGUUCGGGCUGCAGGGAGAGAUUGCAGAGCAGCAGCGCACGGAUGUGGCCUUCUACCCGGACUUCGAAGACUGCUCCGAUGUGGAGAAGAGAGUGGAGGAUUUUGUGGAGUCGAUAUUCAUAGUGCUGGAGUCCAAGCGGCUGGACCGGGCCACAGACAAGUCCGGUGAUAAGAUCCCUCUGCUCUGUGUGCCCUUUGAAAAGAAGGACUUUGUGGGUUUGGACACAGAUAGCAGGCACUAUAAGAAGCGUUGCCAGGGACGGAUGAGGAAGCAUGUCGGGGACCUGUGCCUCCAGGCGGGCAUGCUGCAGGAUGCCCUGGUCCACUACCACAUGGCUGUGGAGCUGCUCAGAGGGGUUAAUGACUUCCUCUGGCUGGGUGCUGCGUUGGAGGGUUUGUGCUCGGCGUCUGUUAUAUUCCACUACCCUGGAGGCACAGCAGGGAAGAAAGCAGGACGCAAGCCAAGUGUCUCUCAGCCAGCAGAUGCCGGCAAACGCCACAGACCAGGCGCUCAGGAGGUCCUCAUUGACCCAGGUGCCCUCACAGCCAAUGGCAUUAGUGCAGACACCAGCGCUGAGAUUGGACGAACGAAGAACUGCUUGAGUCAGGAGGACAUCAUCGAGAAAUACAAAGAGGCCAUCUCCUACUAUGGAAAGUACAAGAACGCAGGCGUGAUCGAGCUGGAGGCCUGCGUGAAAGCGGUGCGGGUGCUUGCCAUUCAGAAGAGGGCGCGGGAGGCCUCAGAGUUCCUGCAGAACGCUGUUUACAUCAACCUGGGACAGUUAUCGGAGGAGGAGAAGAUCCAGCGUUACAGCAUCCUUUCCGAGCUCUACGAACUGAUUGGUUUCCUUCGAAAGUCAGCGUUCUUCAAGCGUGUUGCAGCGAUGCAGUGCGUGGCUCCCACCAUCCCCGAGCCGGGCUGGAGGGCCUGCUACAAGCUGCUGCUGGAGACUUUGCCUGGAUACAGCCUUUCACUUGACCCCAAGGAUUUCAGCAAAGGGACUCACAGAGGCUGGGCUGCCGUUCAGAUGCGCCUCCUGCACGAACUCGUAUACGCCUCGCGUCGAAUGGGCAACCCCGGCCUGUCCGUCCGCCACCUGUCCUUCCUGCUCCAGACCAUGCUGGACUUCCUGUCUGAUCAAGAGAAGAAAGAAGUGACCCAGAGCCUGGAGAACUACACCUCCAAGUGUCCGGGUGGAAUGGAGGUCAUCACCCUUCCUGAUGGCCUGAAGCUCCCUCCGGUGCCCUUUACAAAGCUUCCCAUUGUCCGAUCGGUGAAGCUCCUCAACCUGCCCGUCAGUCUGCGGCCACACAAAGUGAAAAGCCUGCUGGGAGACAGCAUGACCACUGCCAGCCCUUUCAUCUACUCCCCAAUCAUCAUGCACAGCAGAGGAGAGGAGCGCUGUAAGAAGAUAGAAUUCCAGUGGGUUCAAGGAGAUGUUUGUGAAGUCCAGUUCAUGGUCUACAACCCCACGCCUUAUGAACUUCGAGUAGAAAACAUGGGUUUGAUGACCUCUGGAGUGGAGUUUGAAUCUCUGCCUGCUGGGCUGACCCUGCCUGCAGAGUCUGGCCUGUACCCUGUCACUCUGGUUGGUGUCCCUCGUACAGCCGGCAACAUCACUGUCACCGGUUACAACACGUCCGUGUUUGGUGUGACCAGCGACUGCCUGCUGGAGCUCCUGCCUAGCGUGAAGACGAGUGGCUGUUUGGUGGAGGUCAUUCCCUCCCUUCCUCGCCUCCAGCUCAGCACAUCCCUACCACGGUCAGCGCACAUGCCUCACCCUAUGUCCAAAGAAGAACUGUCCAGCACUGUGGCUGUCCAGCUGUUCAAUGGAGAAACCCAGCAGAUGACCAUCACCUUGGAAAACAUCGGAUCUGUGGACAUCGAGACUCUGGAGCUCACCUCGAAGAUAGUCACCACCAAAGAGAAAAUGUUUGGAGAGUUUCUGAGCUGGGAGCUGGACGAGGCUUUGUCUCACCUGCCUCUGAAACCCGGCCAGGCUGUGACGCUGACUGUCAAUAUCCAAGUCAAGGUGGACUUCUCUGGUCAGGAGCACCUGCUGCAGGACCUCAACGACGAUGGGAUCAGUGUGACAGGCCUGCCAAUCUCCAGUCCUCUGCGCCAAGUCCUCAAACCCAGGCCUGAGACCAAGCCUGUCAGCAGUGAGUCUGGCAAAACAGAGUACAGCCAUAUUAAGACUUUGGAAGCAGUGAUGAACUUUAAGUACUCUGGCGGAGCAGGCAAAGUGGAGGGCUACUACAGGGAACUGUCUCUGGGAGUCCAUGUUGAUGUGGAGCCUUCUGUGUUCUUCACCAGAGUCAGCACCCUCCCUGCUACCAGCACCCGCCAUUGUCACCUGCUGCUCGACAUCUUCAACCCAACGGAGCAUGAGCUCACCGUCAGUGCCAAGAACAACCAGGACCUGGUUCUCCAUGCCAGCGAGUGCCAGAGAAUGGCCAUCCAGGUUGACAAGUUUGACUUUGAGAGUCUGCCACAGCCGGACCAGGAGACGGCUCGCUUCACUAACCCCAAACAGCUGGAGGAGGAGCGGCAGCACGCCCAGGGCUGCCAGAUCAACAGCAAGCUGGGCAUCUGUUGGAGCAUCCCCUCUCUGCGGCGCCGUGGAGAGGCCAGCGUGGAGGGAGUCCUCAACCAGCUGGUCCUGGAGCACCUACAGCUAGCUCCUUUACAGUGGGAUGUGUUGGUGAAUGGGAAGCCAUGUGACUGCGAUGUCAUUGUCGACUGUAAUGUGGGCGACUCUGUAAGCCUGGAGGUAAAACUGACCAACCUGAGCAAGAACUUGGUAGGACCCCUGGCUCUGACUGUGGUGCCAUACCAGGACUACCAAAAUGGAGUUCAAAUCUACGACCUGGAGGAGGCUGUUACCUUCAUUGGCUCCAACACCUUCUACAUCGACACGGUUAAACCCAAAGAAAGCAUUGUCUGUGCGGGGGCCCUGCUUUUCCUCUACACCGGGGACUUCUACCUUAAUAUCAAGUUCCAGGACGACAGUGCUGGACGAGAGCUUCCCUUGGCUUGGUUCACUCUGCCCAGUGUGCACAUUAAAGCUCUGGAAACUCCGCAACAGGCUGGGGCCUAGAGUCCCAAUGUACCUCAACAUCAUAGGUCUGAAUGAGGGAUGGAGGGUUCUGUGCUUGAUGUCUGUAAAUACAAAAUCCUUCCUGAGUUACACCACUUGUAAAUAUCAUUUUGUUUAAGGUUCCAAAGUGCAAGAAUCUUUAAUAUUCUUCAGAAGAUUAGAACUCUUUGUUCGCAGGUUACACAGCUGACCGGUGUUAUCAGAAAGAUGCCAAAUCAAAUAUCAGAUCAACUGUCCCUCGGCCUCAUUAAUCGACUUCAUAAAUGUACAGAGAUAAAUAAAAAAGGUGAGAAACAACACCAGCAUUUUAAACUGAAAUCAGUUAAUUUCACCUGGAAUCACCACAGUCAUUAGACUUCUUAGGUAGGUAGUUCUUUCUUUAACACUUCUGACUAAGAGCAGACCCGACUGAUACUGCUGUUGUUUGAAGGAACAGCAGGUGAGUCAGUGGUGCAGUGAGCAUUAUUCUAUUAAUAUGUAGCAUUGAUGCCCAGGUAUAAACUUCUCCAUAAAAGUGAUACGGACUCAGUCAACUGUCAGAUUGAAAUGGGUUGUAAUGGAUUGUUUCCUUGAAUUUGCCAUGAUUAUAAAUGUUUCCUUAGCGGCCAAGCUCUUUAGCUUCUUUACUGGUAGUUAGCUAAAUAGUAGGUCGUAAACUAGUGUCUAGCAGCAACCUGCUGCCAGCUAACUUUACUACCUAUCACGAAAAAGCCACUGCAUGUGUCCCCCCUUUUGCAACCACGUCACUGAGCUUCCAGCAGCAUCUUCAAAAUUCACAGGGAGCGAGUGGCAGGGCUGGUGAUGUGAUGAAGCUGGUAAGAACCAAGAGAAUACAAAUAUCUCAGGAUAAAAAACAGAUGUCAUAAACAAAGAAGACGCUGGAUGGAAAGACAACGAGAUUCAAGAGCUUUAGUCGAUACGGGUCGACCCCGAUGUUCCAGGGUCUGAUCAUUCAGAUUAAGUGUGGGACUUUGUGAUGUAGCCAGACGCUAACACCGUAUUCACACUUUUAAGUGUUGAGCCAUAGUGUUGUGUAUUUAGAGGAUUCAUUUAAAGAAGAUAACAACGUAAAUAUAAUAUCAGUGGAAAGAGAAUUGAAUAAGACCUCAGGGUUGGUUUUGAUGGCUGAGAUGAGCUUCUCCAGGAUGCCGUGGAUGGGAUCAGCCAGAACUGGUCACAUACUUUGCACUUUUCAUUUAUUUAUUUCUACUGCUUUGAAAACAUUUUUCUUUUGCCUCUGUGCCACCAUACUGGAAUACUUCUCUUAGUUCAGCCUGUCAUUGUGUGUGACAUAUAAUUGUUGUAAAUAAAGGUUAAACCAUGGCCACCUUCCAA